AUGCAAGACAGAAGCUGUGGCCAGGCAUUACCUCUUUCUUUAAUGCUGAAGGAGGCUUACUGUGCAGAGAGAGACACUGAUAAGGGAUAUCCUGAAAAUACAUCAGAAGCCUCAUCCUACCAUGACUUUUUCUAUGAUUCCCUAUCAGACAUACAGAACGGGGAAUUUUCAAAUGAACUUUCUGCCUUCCUUACCCAGGAGGAGAUAUGCAAGAGCCUUGACAUAGCUUGGGAAGCCAUUGCCAAUUCCAUGAAGGAUGAUCAGAAUUCAGCACCAGACUUCACUCAUUAUUUCAACACCUCUCUUUCUAGCGCUUCAGAAGAUCCUUCCUUCAGAGAUACCAAACAGCACGAGCAAGAUGCUUUACAGAGGCCUCAAGCAAGCAGUUUGACUUCAUCUGCUGCAAGUCAUGUUCUCCCAGGGAAUCAGAAAGAGCAAUCCACCACACCUCAAACAGCAAGUAGCUUUGUCACAGUUUCCAGAAGGCAAGCAAGCACCUCACCUGUGCUAACUGCUAGUCCCAGCUUCAUUAGAAGCCUGAAACAUUUGGAUAAAGAUGGUCCAGGUGUGUCCAAGACAAGCCCAAAGUCCGAAUCGGCACCCCAGGGGGAAGUUCCUUUCAGGAACAAGCUGUGUGACAAAGCUGCCACAUUCAUAGAGGAACUGUCAUCUAUAUUUAGACAGGCAGCAAAGACAAGAGGUAGAAGUCCUGAUGGGGACUCUUCUUCUCCAGACAGUGGAUACUUGUCUCCUAAAAACAAACAUCCAGCUGUAAGUACCUCAGUGACCCAGGAGUUUGACAAGCCACAUCAAGAGACUGAGCCUGAGGCAAAAUUACUUGACAUUCAUUUGAAUGGAGAACACUUUUCUGAAAGGGAGAGCAUCGCUCAGAGGGAAAUGGUCCUUUGCCACCCCUUUGUCAACGUGGAAGAGAAUCAGCCUUCACCACCUCAAUUCAUCCAGAAGCUCCGGAGCCAGGAAGUUGCUGAAGGAAACAAAGUAUUGCUGGAAUGCAGAGUUGCUGGCAACCCAGUCCCUGAUGUCAGAUGGUUCUGUGAAGGAAAAGAACUCCAGAAUACGCCUGACAUUCAGAUCCGUUCUGGAAGUGGAGGACUUCAUUCACUAAUUAUAGCAGAAGCCUUUGAAGACGAUACUGGGCGCUAUACUUGUCUGGCUUCAAAUUCCAUUGGUUCAGAUAGUACAUCAGCUGAAAUAUUCAUUGAAGGUGCCAGUUCCACAGAUUCAGAGAGUGAAAGUUUAAUUUUCAAAUCAAAAUCUGGAGCUAUGCCACAGGCCCAAAAGAAAACCACCUCUGUUUCCUUGACAAUAGGAUCUUCUACACCAAAGUCUGGAGUCACCACAGCUGUAAUUCAACCUAUCUCUGUGCCCAGUCAGCAGGUUCAAAGCCCUACUUCAUACCUGCACCGUGUGGAUGGACCUAAGCCUAUCUAUUCUGCACCCAUUUUUACAAAGGAGCUACAAAACUCCACAGCAUCUGAGGGACAAGUCGUGGUAUUGGAAUGCAGGGUCAGAGGACCUCCUCCCAUUCACGUUAAGUGGUUUCGACAGGGCGUUGAAAUUCAAGAUUCUCCAGACUUCAGAAUUCUCCAAAAAAAGCCACGAUCUGCAACUGAACCUGAAGAGAUAUGUACCCUUGUAAUUGCAGAAACUUUUCCUGAAGAUUCAGGACUUUUCACAUGCACAGCAACAAAUGAACAUGGUUCAGUAACAAGCAGUGCGCAACUAACCAACUCAGAAAGCUCUAGUCAUGAAUCACUGACAAGAGAAUCCAACAGCGAUGAUUCCCAUCAUUUCCCACCACUUCCUCCAGUUGAAAUUAGCUCUCUUGAGCUUCCUCCUAAGAAACAUACAGAGACCCACCAAGCAACCAACACUGAGUUGAAAUCUGGUGUGACAGCCCUUCAACUACAGUUCAAUUCAUCUGAGGAAAAAACAAAUGGCAUCCAUCCCAUUCAUGGAGUAAAUGGAAUGACUAACAGUAAGCCAAAUGGUGAUAAAUCCAUCCCACCUCCAGCUGUCUUGCUUUCACCCACAAAGGAGCCACCACCUGUACUUGCUAAACCAAAGCU